AUGGGGUAUAUGAGCAAGCCCCUCGUUUCGAGCUAUUACGAUGCCCUCGCGGAGCGGCCAACGCAACAGAACGCGGCCCAUCUCUGGUGGAGCAUUCUGCAUGAAUACUUCGACUUCCACGACGGCUUCGGCAAAAGGCUAGACAUCGAGAUCACCCACGGCACCAUGGCGCCUUACAUCGCUAUCAGUCGAUUGGAGAAAGGCUCUCUCAAUACGGUCAUCUUACUACAUUUCGUCAAGCCACCGGCCACCGACAGCCCACGGGCUCAGUCUGAAGCAUGGCAGGACAUCUGGGAUCUGUUGGCGGUUGACCUCAACACCGUGCGCGCCGAGCGGCCAGAUACCAGGAAGCUGUACGGCAUUGGAACAAUCGGGACCUACUCGCGCUUCUUCACCUUCACCCCGUCCUGCCACCUUGUCCGGUAUGGCGGCGCAGAGACGCUGGAGAUCAAGGAUGACGAAGAGAAGAUCGAGCAGUAUCUUGUCGAAUUGAUCCGGGAUACUUCGAAGGAAAUCCGCAUCCCAGAGCCAGUUAGGAGAUGUUUCAAAUCUUUCCCCAUGCUAAAUGCAAUCUGA